AUGAUUCGAGAACAUCUUCAGGUUCAAGAGCGUCUUCAGGUUGACGAAAAGGUCCUUGGCCUUUCUCCCGAAAAUCUUUCUCAAAACUCUUCCUCAACUGAGACUCUAAGCGACAUUCGAGUGCCCCUUGGCGUCGAGGCUCUCGAACCCUCAUUCUCUCUUUCUGGCCAUCUUCGCUCUGUCGAAGUCAACGUCUCAACAAUACGAGAUGAAGCAGACAAAUUCCUGUCGCCAUUCAGUUGGUCGGGUCGGAAGAAGGCCAUCACUCUACUGGGACCCUUCAUGGCAUCGACCCUUGCGGCAUACGCAGCUGGAGCCUACGCUCUAGCUUCAGAACCCCUUCGCGCGAAAUGGAACACCAGUGACACACUCUUCAACAUCGGAAUAUCUCUCUUUGUGGUCGGCUUUGCCUUUACUCCCAUGAUUCUCGCUCCCAUCAGCGAAACGCACGGCCGAUACUGGACCUUUGUUGGCUCUGGCGUCGUUUUCCUUCUCGGGACUUUGGGAUGCGCUGUGACGGAAAGCUACGCCGGCAUGAUGAUUUCUCGUCUUAUCACGGGCAAUGGAGCCGCCGUGUUUGCAACGCUCACUGGCGGUGUUGUGAGUGAUCUCUACAGCAAAGAGGAUCGCAAUAUUCCAAUGGCUUUAUACUCCAUGACCAUCAUGGUCGGUGCCAGUCUUGGACCAUUGAUCAGUGGAAGUGUCGUGGACCUUCUCGGCUGGCGAUGGAUCUUCUUUAUCCAAGUCAUCGCUAUUGGCAUAACAACGACAACGUUGUUCUUCUUGUUUGAAGAAACCAGAAGCAACGUCCUUUUACGCCGAAAGUGCUUCGUCCUGAAUGCGGUCCCCAUCAAGACAUCAGCAGGAAAGCCAAUCACCUUUGCGCCUGAGAUUGAAGAACGCCUUAGCAUUGAGGUCAGCAUUAUUUGGCGAAGUUUUGCCUUCCCACUGCGGCUUCUUUCGAAGGAACCCAUUGUGUUCUGCAUGUCUUUAUGGGUUUCCUUUGCUUGGGCGAUCAUGUACAUGCAAUUCAGCAGUAUUGGGCUGGUGUUUCGUAGCGUAUAUGGCUUCGACAAUGCCGAAGUCGGUGCAGUCUAUACUGCUACUAUUGUGGGCUCAAUUGUUGGCAUCGGAAUCUCCUUAUUGCAGAAACCUAUCAUAGAACGAGUGCUGCCUCACAAGAAGCCGCUAUCUACACCUGAACAACGCCUGAUCUCGCCUUGCAUACAGUCCAUUCUAUUGCCAAUCGGCCUCCUCUGGUUCUUCAUGACAGCCAGACCAGAUAUUUCGUGGAUAUCUCCAUGCAUAGCCCUUGGAGCGUGCUCAAUGGGCAUCUUCAGUAUCUAUCUUGCCGUCUUCAACUACCUUGCUGAUACAUAUCACGGAUAUGCCUCGUCGGCAUUGGCAGCUCAGAGUCUGUGUCGAAAUAUCUUGGGCGGAGUAUUUCCACUUGUCACGGCUAGUAUGAUAGACAGUCUGACCCUACAAGGUACAGGUGGCUUGCUUGGUGGACUUGGAUGGUUGUUGACUGGUAUUCCAUGGCUGUUGUACUUUUAUGGUCAAAGGAUUAGAGCUCGCAGUCCUUUUGCCAAAGGCAUGGAGUGA